AUGAACGAGUUCUGCAAAUGUCGACCACCAACCUUUCAUGGAGACACCAAUCCCGUCGUAGCCAAGACGUGGCUGAAUGAAGUCAAGAUGAUCCUUAGAACCUUAAGGAUUACCCGCGAUGGAGACCGUGUGGCACUAGCCACUUAUCAGCUGAAGGGAGAAGCCCGCUAUUGGUGGAACCUAAUGGAGGCAACGCAUGCCGUAGCCAUUAUGACUUUUGCCGAGUUCGAAACCCUGUUUCUCAACAAGUACUUUCCCACACCCCUCUACCUAACCAAGGAACAAGAGUUCCUGAACCUAAAACAAGGACCGAUGACCGUCAUCCAGUACGCGGCCAAGUUCGAGGAACUGUCACGUUACGCCCUAGACUCCAUCCUGAACGAGGACAAGAAGGCUAAGAGAUUCGAGUGGGGACUGACGACUGCUCGAAAGGCUGUAGCGGCUCAAGCUUUCACCACCAAUGCCGAAGCUGUGAAGUGUGCUCUCCAGCUAAAGAGUGAGGAGACUGACUUCAAAACCCGGUGGAGGAAGGCAAAUAAUAACGUCAGUGGACCAAUCCGAACUCAACCCCCCAACAGCAACCAUGGACCCUACCCCAUCAAACCCUUUAACCCGCAUCAAAACAACCAACCCUGGAAGACUGCUAUCCCCGAAAGUGGCGAACAGAAGAGAGGUGGUAAAGACAUAGCGAUCGUUCAAUGCUUCACUUGCCAGGCUAUGGGUCACUAUAAGUGUGACUGCCCCCAACUUUAA